UAUAUUUGUGCCAAGACCCCCAAGGCCGCCAACAGGUAGUUGCAGAUGAUCAUCGUAGACCUGCGAGGACGCUAUGGGGUCGUUACCUUUCAUCCCUGAACCCGUCACUCAGGCGGGGGCACUUAUCACUGCUCCUGUUUACCUUUUUCAACAUUUGUUUAGAGAAUAGUCGGGACAAGCAAUUGGGGGCGUGGUUUUCCCACACUGGGCUCUCUGCCUCCACACGCCCGGCACAAAGGGCUUGGCACGUGCUUCCCCGGGAUAAUUGACCCGCCACUUUGUAAUAGCACGACUGCAGAUGUCACUUGUCAGCACGGAUUGCGCAUGGCUGGCUGGGUAGAUGCAACAACCGACCAAUCACGGGCGAGGACCGGCGAACCAUCGGUGACUUCGACCAAUGGGAGAGAAGGUCACAGACGUGGUCGGAGGUGUGCCGGCUGCAGUGAUUGGAGGGAGAGUGAAGGAAUGCCUUGUGGGAAAAGCCUGUCAGCGCCGUUCACACGAGCCGAACUGAAUACUAAAUACAAACACUUCUAAUCGGCGCAUUCCCACACUCCCGCGGACGGUGCGACAGCGCGACCGACGGACGGCCGACCGACUACCCCGCCGUCAUACCUCCACACGCCACGUUCCACCACCCAUACACACCCAGGAACAUACCUACAAACUUCCGCCAUGGAAAAACAAAAAGACUCGAGACCCAGCGAAGGACGCAAGUCCUCCAAGCCCAUCAUGGAAAAGCGACGACGGGCCCGCAUCAACGACAGUUUAAACCAGCUGAAGACGCUGAUUUUGGACGCGCUUAAGAAAGAUAGCUCGCGUCAUUCCAAACUGGAGAAGGCUGACAUCUUGGAGAUGACCGUCAAACAUCUAAGGAACCUGCAGAGACAACAUGUGGCUGCGGCCGUAAGCACAGACCCGAAUGUUCUCGGACAGUACCGCGCGGGUUUUAACGAGUGUAUGACGGAGGUGAGCAGUUUCCUUGGUUCCGCCAGUACCGUGGAGACUGAGGUGCACCAGAGACUCCUGAACCACCUAGCGGGCUGCUGCCACACCGUCAGUCCCGUCACAUCCACCUACACCAGCCCCACCGUCCCGCCAGCCGCGUCCGGCCCGGCCAUGGCGCACGGGCGGCCCGUCCAGGUCCAGGUCCCCGCCGCGGCCUCCUCCGCCACCCUCCCCGUGGCCGCCAGCGUGAAUCUUCCGAGACCCAACCUCCAGCUCUCCCCUCCGGAAGCGUCCUGCUCCCAGCCGCCGCUCCAAGCGAAAGUCUACGGCGGAAUCCCGCUGGUGUCCGGGCAGAUCGGCGGGGGCGAGCCGGUGGCGGUGCUCCUGCCGAGCCAAGUCUUCUCAGGCGGACAGAUGCCGAGUCAUCUCAUCCCGGUCUACACCAACCCCACUGUCCUCACGGGGGCCAGUUAUGCUCCUCCAACCGGACUGUUACCCCAGAGCGGGCCCAUACAGCCGUCCGCACAGGAACCAACCGUGUCCAGUAUCCCCCCGGCUAUGAACAUUAUGGGACUGCCGACUAGCAGCGCGCCGACAGCGACCAGGUCGUCCACGUGCCCAUGUCGGCAGCGUCGGCGUCAACCGGUGCCGCCAAACGCCAGACCCGCCAACCAGCAAGCUCCACCCGUCCAACCUGCCGAGCCCGAGAAAAUGUGGAGACCUUGGUGAUGAAAUUUACAUUUUGUAGCCUGGGUACCAUCCGGAUAGCAGCUCGCUCCGGCGUUUGUUACAUAGCUACAUAUAGUCGCUUCUCGCUUUGACAUUCGUUAUACACUAUAUACAGUCGCAUCUCGCUCUAACUUUUGUCAUACACUUUAUACAGUCGCUUCUCACUCCGAAUUUUAUUAUACUCUAUAUACAGUCGCUUCUCUGCUAAUUUUUCCACGAAAAAAGAGUUGAUUAUAUAAUUCCCCAGACAGGUAGCAGAAGUGAACGUAGGAGUAAACUACAAACCGGAUGGUACCCAGGCUAGACAUUUUGAGCGUUGACAUAUCUUUUUUUUCGAAUUUCUUAUUGAAUCAAAUUGUAAAGAUGUAUAGAGUGUAUAUACAGGAAAAAUAUGUUUUUGUGUGAACCAUUGAAUAAUCAUAAAUGCCGUGUAUUUGAACCAGUGUCAGUCGAAACUUAAGUACUGGAGAAAUAUGUUAUUUUUUGUACCUUGUGAUCAUGAAUUCAUGAUGAUGUGUAUCUGAACAAGUGUGUGUUGCAAUUUCCUUGCCUCGAGGCAAGGGGUGAAUAAAUGUGACCAAAAGUUA